CCCGGAAGCAUAUUAAAACAGAAACAAACACACUGGGACGUAAGCAGAUUGCAAUGUCCUGUAACAGCAGCCUGAUCCGCCUUCAGCUCCCAUCGGCGGGACAGGCACCGCGCGCGCCUGUCCAUCUAAUGCCCUGUGAGAUCGAGCACAAUGGACCAGCACGGAUCACAGAGUACUUCUCUGCCACUGUAAAAGACUGUAAACACGAGCAGACAGUGUCCUUUAGGGGCCGAGGCCUUAAGGGACAAGAGGUCAACUGUCCACAAGGCUACACUGGUCUUAUAUUAAAAGAAGUCAACAGGCCAGGUUCAGAGGAAGAGGACAGAACAGUUAGAGUUUCCUCUGUGUUUGACAAGUUGACAUAUUGGAAUCUAGAAACCCCUCCCAGCUCAGAUGACACAAUUGUGAUGGCAAUGGACUGGCCUGAUUUAGCUGAGGCAAUACAUGGACCCGUAGGUUGACGUAAUAAAAAAAUCCGACAAAUGGGUAACGCUAAGUGGUGGAGUCAUUGUGAUAUUUUUUUUUCUGGUAAUA